GGGAAAUGAAGGCGGAGGAUACAAAAGACACUUCCUGUUUCUGUUACCAGAUGGUGGCUCCGACAGGUGUUGCCUUACCCUUGCCCUGUUGCGAAGGGGCCGCUGGGCCGUCUGACUGACGCUAGCGCAUAGAAUCCGUGUCCCUGGGAAAUUGUUCGUCUUUGUGGUCACCGCCCUGAAGACAUGGAUUUGGAUCAGUUGGACCUGAAUCCCAGAAUCAUCACUGCAGUGAAGAAAGCCAAACUGAAAUCCGUGAAGGAGGUUUUGCACUUUUCUGGACCCGACCUGCAGCGGCUGACCGGCCUCUCGGGCCCCGACGUGCAGCACCUGCUGAGGACGGUCUGCUCGCACCUGCGGGGAGGCAGCGUCUGCACAGCGCUGGACCUGCGCCAGCAGAAGGGGCGCUUCCCCGAGCAGCACCAGCGCCUGAGCCUGGGCUGCCCGGUGCUGGACGGGCUGCUCCGCGGCGGCCUACCCCUGGGCGGCAUCACCGAGCUGGCCGGCCGCAGCUCGGCGGGGAAGACCCAGCUGGCGCUGCAGCUCUGCCUGGCCGUGCAGCUCCCGCGGCGGCUGGGAGGCCUGGAGGCCGGGGCCGUGUACGUGUGCACGGAGGACGCGUUCCCCGACAGGCGCCUGCAGCAGCUCAUCGCGCAGCAGCGGCAUCUGCGGGCGGACGCUCCGGGCGACGAGGUGGAGAAGAUCAACUUUGGCGACCACAUCUUCAUCGAGCACGUGGCCGACGUGGACGCGCUGCUGGAGUGCGUGCGGAGCAAGGUGCCCCUGCUGCUGUCGCGGGGGAUGGCGCGCCUGGUGGUCAUCGACUCGGUGGCGGCCCCAUUCCGCUGCGCGUUCGACGGGCCGGCCUCGGUGCGCAGGGCCCGGGCUCUGCAGGCGCUGGGGGCCGCGCUGCGCAGGCUGAGCUGCACCUUCCGGAGCCCUGUGCUCUGUGUCAACCAGGUGACCGAGGCCGUGGAGGAAGAGGACGCCACUCCCGGGGCCCCAGGGGAGCGCCUGGCUCCAGCCCUCGGCAUCACCUGGUCCAACCAGCUGCUCAUGAGGCUGGUGGCCGACCGGCAGCGCCCCGAGGAAGCCCCGCGGGGCCACCCCGGCCGCACUCUGAGGGUGGUCUUCGCCCCCCACCUGCCCCCCUCCUCCUGUUCCUACACAGUCAGCGCCGAGGGCGUGCGAGGGACGCCCGGGACCCAGUCCUGCUGACCGGAAAGCCGCCGCCUCAGCCUCCCAGGGGCACCGCCUCCAGGCCAGCUCUCCUGAGGUCAGCUCGGGCCCCUGGGGCCAGCGCCUCCCUCGCCCCAGGAGCACAGCCCGCUGUGGGGGAGGGGGGGGCUGAGGGAGGCCCUGCACGAGCAGCAGCUCCUGCCACCAGCCCCUGCUGGGUCAGCCGCCAGGUGUCUUGUGAGAGGUCGGCCCAUCUGCUAGGAAAACCCGUCCUGGGUGCUGGCGGGACCCGGCUGGACGCCUGGCAGGGCCGCACAGGUCCUGCCCCUCUGGGUGCAAACCAGGCAGCUCUGACCAGCUGCUGGCGGGACGCAGGGCCCAGGGGGCUGUGGCUGCCCAGCCCAAGGACAUGGCCUCCAUGUGGGCAGAGCCGAGUCUGUCUCCACCCGUCCGCUCCCUGCCCAGGCGCCUCAUGUGCUGCCUGGCGUGUGAGUGGGCACAGCUGUGCCCCAGGACCUGUCCCUGCGACUCGCUCUUGGCCGGACAGGUUCCGAGUGAGUGACCCUCGCUCCUGCUCCCCAGCCCCCAGCCCCAGAGGUGGCACCUGAAACGGGGCCACCAAACAGUCAGGGACCUGCCCCCCCUGCCCCCGCCGUGAGGGGGCGGCCACCCCUGGGACGGGACCAUGCUGUUCGGACACCGUCCUGUGGCAGGAUGGCCCUGUAAAUGCCAUCACGUCCCCUGCCGUCCGUGCCCGGCGAGGUGGGGCGGGCGUGGAAGAGAAGGCGCCCGCAGGGCUGGCCCGCGUCAGGAGGCCUCACAGCGGGAAGCAAGGCUUUAUUUUUGUGAUGAAAUACAAACCAGUGCAAACGG